AUGGCAGCCCCCACACUGUGGGGUUUGUCUUGUUUAUCCAGAGCUUUAGGAUGGUGGUCUGGGCAGCCAGUCCUGGUAACUCAGUCCACAGUUGUAGUUCCACUGAGAUCUAAACAACGUUUCACACCACCUACUUAUGAACCCAAAUACAAAUCAGAAAAGGAGUUUAUAGAACAUGCCCGGAAAGCAGGACUGGUCAUUCCUCCGGAACGUUUGGAGCAUCCCCUACACCUGGCCUGUACAGCUGGCAUCUUUGAUGCCUAUGUUCCUCUAGAGGGUGAUGCUCACUUGUCCUCUCUCUUGAAGGAAGGACUGGCACAGAGAAGUGAGUGGUUGAAGAAGAAGGUGACAUCACAAUUGUCAGUCCGGAAGAUAAGAGAACAUGAUCCGAAUUUCAAAAUAAAGGACUUCCCUGAAAAAGCUAAGGAUAUUUUUAUUGAAGCCCACUUUUGUCUAAACAACUCAGACCAUGACUGACUUCAUACCUUGGACAUGGUCUGGCACAUCAGAUAUAAGAACGUCCACCGGAGCUUCAUGGAGUCUUUAGAACCACCUCAGGUGGUUCAGGUUCACUGUUCAAGUCUGAUGAACCAGGGCAACAUAUAUGGUCAGCUCACCAUCUGCACGCACACCCAGCAGACUCUGGCCAUCUAUGACCAGUUUGGCUGGUUGAUGUAUGGACUGGAAGGUGUGCCCAGGGAUGUCCUGGAGUAUGUUGUGUUUGAAAAGCACCUGGUAAAUCCCUAUGGGAGCUAGAGAAUGCAUGGCAAGGUCAUGCCCCCAUGGGCACCCCCUAAGCAGCCCAUCCUUUAGAUGGUGAUGAUCCCGGGGCCCCAGCUGAAACCCGGAGAAGACUGUGAGGAGCCACAAGGAGAGGCCCAAAACUUCAGCAACCCUGAUGGCAAAAAUGACUCCUGGGGUGAAACGUGGCUGAUGACACGGCCAGAAGCUGUGGAGUCUGGGAAUGUGCAGUCAGUCAUCUCUUCAUCAUGCUGUAGAAAGAUCUACCUUUGUCCUCUCCUGUCCUGCUUGGGUGUUUUCAGCUGUCUCCUUGGCAACCACGGCUGAUGGCUGGGCCCAGGUGGGUGGCUGAUAAUGCACAGCCACGAACCUUCUUCUUCCUUUUUAAACUGUGUGUCUAGCAGCUGAGUCUCAACGAGAGUAUGUUUGGAUACCUGUUUUUCCUGCAGCAGAGACCAUCAGGAAGAGACUGGCAGAAUUUUCUUUUUAAUUACAAGGCAGGGAUCAGAAUUUGAAAUAAAACACUGUCAGGGUGUUGGACAAAAAAAAAAAGAAUAAACCUAAA